GCUGUGCGGCUGUUAAGCAAUUUCUUGAAUUUUUGGUUCGGUUUUGGAAUUUAACUUGAGCUCAUUAGAAAUUAUUAGAUAAAUAUGUUGAAAACAUGGAGCUGCAGUGCUAUUAAUUUGCUAAAAAGUACAGCAACACUGCAACAACAAGUGCGGACAACUUUUGUGUUAAAGCGUAAAUAUGAUCCGUUGCUACAUAAAACUAACGAGAAGCCGAGAAAGUUACGCGCUAAACAUUUCAUCUAUGAGUUAGUCGAGGAUACAAAUAUUAAACGACGGCCAAACAUAGAAGUUGUACUGAAAACAUAUGUGGAAGGAGUAGGUGAUAAGGGCGAUGUGGUCUCAGUUAGACCCAACUUUGCCUACAACAAGUUAUUGCUCCCAGGAUUAGCUGUGUAUAAGACAGAUGAGAACUUAACAUUGUACGCUAAAACUGAGGAAGAUGCGAAGGUCGUUAGCCAUAGUUCAGCAUUUGCACAGCGCACGGUCAACGUUAUCGAACGAUUUUCCCUCUCAGUUGUGAUGAACAAAGACCAUCCUUGGGUAAUUGAACCAUGGCACAUCAAAGCGUCGCUUCGCAAGGCAGGCAUUCACUGUCCGGAAGAAUGUAUAACUAUGCCCGAGGAGCGUAUUGAAGGUCCCGAUUUUAAUAAAGAGGGUAAAGAAUUUUAUUGCACCAUAACUGUGAAUAAUCUUGAAAAGGCUCGACUACGCUGUCGCAUUCAUCAUUGGAGCACAGAUCCCAGUGACCGCCUGCCAUAUACACCGGAGUAUUGGAAGAUGCCACCAGAACCAUUAUUCGGUAAUGAAAGUUCAGGUGAAAAUGUAGAAACCAAAGUGGAGGAAAAAUAAACCUUUUAACUGCAUUUCUAAAGAUCAGUGAACCAUGCAUUAAAUAAACAAUACGGACAUCUAUAUCUGAAAUAGUUGUUGAAAUCAAAUGAAACUGGAAAAAGUUUUUUUCAAAUUUAAACAAAUCUUUUACAAAAGGAUACUUCGUAUAUAUUUCAUAUAUUUCUAGUGUAUUCAUAAACAAUAAAUGGAACAUAACUGUUCAAUUUAAUUAGAA